UCACAGAGAGUGCGUGAGUGAAGGGGUGAAAGCGUCUCACCUGCCCCCACUUCCCAAGGACGUCACAUCAGCAGUUGCUUUAAUAGUACGAGAUUCCAUCGGGGAAAGCUUUCUCCCACGGUGAUGUGACAUAACCCAGGGAUCAUGGUCCUCUCAUCGUCCCACCUGCUUGGCAAAGGGCUCUUCUCCUCAUGCAAAAAGCAUGUUCGAAUCCUCUCCAGAGCAUACGCAGUGACUUUGGACCCUGAAUGGUCGACCCUGGCAAAGAAACAGCUUAAGGGAAAGGACCCGGAGACGUUGCUUUGGUACACGUACGAGGAUGUAGUUGUGAAGCCGCUCUACACCAAAGAUGACACUAAAGAUUUGGGAAAAGAGCUUCCGGGAAAGUUUCCAUUCACCAGAGGUCCAUACCCCACCAUGUACAGUCAGCGACCAUGGACAAUCCGACAAUAUGCUGGAUUUUCAACUGUGGAAGAAAGUAAUCGAUUUUACAGGGAGAAUAUUAAAGCAGGACAGCAGGGAUUGAGCGUUGCUUUUGACUUGGCUACCCAUUGCGGCUACGACUCGGAUAACCCUAGGGUGAAAGGCGACGUGGGAAUGGCCGGCGUUGCGAUUGACUCGGUAGAAGAUAUGAAGACCUUAUUUGACGGAAUUCCCCUUGAUAAGAUGUCAGUUUCAAUGACUAUGAAUGGUGCAGUUAUUCCAGUGCUGGCCAUGUUUAUCGUUGCUGCAGAAGAGCAAGGAGUGAAACCGGAACAACUAGCAGGAACAAUCCAAAAUGAUAUUCUUAAAGAAUUUAUGGUCCGAAACACGUAUAUAUAUCCACCAGAACCAUCAAUGAAAAUUAUUGGCGACAUCUUUAGCUGGGUAUCAAAACACAUGCCAAAGUUUAAUUCAAUCAGCAUAUCCGGAUAUCAUAUGCAGGAAGCUGGAGCCACUGCUACGCUGGAGAUGGCAUUUACCAUUGCCGAUGGAUUAGAAUACUGUAGAACUGGAUUAAAAGCGGGGCUUACCAUUGACGAAUUUGCCCCAAGAUUAUCUUUCUUUUGGGGAAUUGGAAUGAACUUUUAUAUGGAAAUUGCUAAAAUGAGAGCUGCUCGAAGAUUAUGGGCUGAACGCAUCAGAGAUAAUUUUUCUCCAAAAAGUGAUAAAUCUACAAUGCUCCGAACACAUUGUCAAACUUCAGGAUGGUCACUUACUGAGCAGGAUCCUUAUAACAAUAUUGUACGGACGACUGUUGAAGCUAUGGCUGCUGUAUUCGGUGGAACACAAAGCCUUCACACUAAUGCAUUUGAUGAAGCGUUGGCACUCCCGUCCAAAUUCUCGGCUAGAAUUGCCAGAAAUACUCAAAUCAUUCUGCAAGAAGAAACUGGAAUUCCUGCAGUGAUUGAUCCUUGGGCUGGAAGUUUUAUGAUGGAAUCUCUGACUGAAGAAGUAUAUCAAAAGGCUAAACAAAUUGUGGACGAAGUCGAAGAAAUGGGUGGCAUGGCGAAGGCGGUGGCGUCAGGAUGGCCCAAAUUAAAAAUUGAAGAAUGUGCAGCCAAACGACAAGCUAUGAUUGACUCUGGUCUAGAGGUUAUUGUUGGUGUCAACAAAUAUCAACUCAAAGAUGAACAGCCAAUUGAUGUUAGAAUGAUCGACAACAAUGAAGUUUUAAAAUCUCAAGUUGCCAAGUUGGAAAAAUUACGAAGUGUGAGAAAUCAGGAUGCCGUUAACGAUUGUUUAAGGAAAAUUCAAGAAAUUUCAAAAUCUGGCAAUGGAAAUUUACUUGCUGCGUCAGUUGAUGCUUCACGAGCAAGAUGCACUUUGGGUGAAAUUAGUUCAGCGAUGGAGAAGGUAUUUGGAAGACACGUUGCUUCAGGAAGUUUAGUUUCAGGCGCAUACAAGUCGCAGCACGGCAAUCAUAAAGAACUAGAAACAGUUGCAAAUCGGAUUGAUGAGUUUCAAGAUGUUGAAGGGAGACGUCCUAGAAUCCUUGUUGCCAAAAUGGGCCAAGACGGGCACGACCGAGGUGCUAAGGUCAUUGCAACUGGUUUUGCGGAUUUAGGGUUUGAUGUUGAUAUUGGUCCACUGUUUCAAACGCCAGAUGAAGUUGCUCAGCAAGCUGUAGACGCUGACGUACACGUGGUAGGCGUGUCAACUCUUGCUGCCGGUCAUCGAACUCUUGUACCUGAACUUGUCCAAGCCUUGAAACGUAAAGGCCGAGAGGACAUUCUCGUCGUGUGUGGGGGAGUAAUUCCACCCCAAGACUAUGACAUGCUAUAUAAAGCAGGCGUAUGUUGUGUAUUUGGACCAGGAACUAAAAUCCCAGUCGCUGCAUUGCAAGUUGUCAAUCUCAUCAUGGGAAAAUUGGAGAAACAAGUUAUGCAUAAUAAAUAAAUAAGUAGUAAUACAUACAUAUAUGUAACUGCAGAUCCGAAAAUAACCAAUCCGUAAGACUCGUGAAAGUUAUAUUAAUGUAAAAACGAAAUAGACUGUUCAAAAUAUGACAUUCGAAUUAACGAGAGCAUUAUAUUUUAUUAUAUAUAAAUGUAAAUGGUAAUAAAAAGCUAACCUAUAAUAAUUAAA